GUCCUCAGCCCGAAUGUGUCCGCGCCCGUGAAAGACCCCCUUGAGUCUGUAUUUAUAUCUUCUCUCUGCUCUUACAAGCUACCACCGCUCCCCGAUCUUGCAUCUCUUUCCCCUAUAGUCCCCAACCGUCGCUCUAAUCCACAAUGUCUCAAGAGGAAGCACCCAGCACUGACUUGAUCACACUCACCAGGCAUGUCUUGUCUGAGGGCUUCCGCCUGGGUCCUGCAGCUACUGGAGAUCUUACGCUACUCCUGAAUGCUAUCCAAACGACCUCCAAAUUCAUUGCUACCAACGUUCGGAGGGCGCGGCUGAUAAACCUCGUCGGGCUGGCUGGGGAGACCAAUGUGCAGGGUGAAGAACAGAAGAAGCUGGACGUUCUCUCCAAUGAUAUCAUGGUCAACUCACUACGAGCAAGUGGCAAGACCGCUGUCUUAGUCUCGGAAGAACUGGAGGAGGCUGUCAUCAUCGAUGAGAAGAACAGGGGCAAAUACUGCGUCGUCUUCGACCCUCUCGAUGGCAGCAGUAACAUUGAUGCUGGUGUGAAUAUCGGGACGAUCUUCGGGAUUUAUCACGUUAAGGGAGAGAACAAGGGGUCGGUAGAUGAUGUUUUACGACCGGGGCGUGAGAUGGUAGCUGCGGGAUAUGUCAUGUAUGGGUCAUCAUGCAAUCUCGUCCUGUCCACCGGAAACGGUGUCAACGGCUACACGCUUGACCCGUCACUGGGAGAAUUCAUCCUCACGCAUCCGGAUAUUAAAGUGCCCUCCCGGGGAAAGAUCUAUUCGAUCAAUGAAGGGAACUCGAUGUACUAUCACGAACCCGUUCUCAAGUACCUCAGCAGUAUCAAGAACCCGCCUUCCGGCAAGUCCCCAUACUCCGCCCGGUACAUCGGGUCUAUGGUAGCCGAUGUGCACCGUACCCUCCUGUACGGUGGUAUCUUCUGUUACCCGAAUGACAAGAAGAGCAAGAGUGGGAAGCUGCGGCUGUUGUACGAGGCGUUCCCGAUGGCCUAUCUUACGGAACAGGCGGGCGGCGUUGCCACUACCGGGACGAAGCGUAUCCUCGAUAUCGAGCCCAAGAACAUCCACGAGAGAUGUUCAGUGUUCCUGGGGAGCAAAGAGGAUGUUCAGGAUCUCAUCAAAUUCUAUGAAGGCAGUGCUUAAGAGGAAUGUAUCUUCUAUUGUAUUUGUAUAUAUCGUGCGCAGUUCUGUCCGACGGGAUCAGAGUCCGAAUUCACGAUGCAAUGAUGUGUAUUGAAAGCAAAACUAUGCGAGUACAUGCACGUCAGACGUCAGUGUGAGGAUGCGAGAGUGAGGACAUGUUGAAUACGGGGCCU